AAUGUAUCAUAUAGUAUAUAGUCCACUUUAAUAUCCUUCCUUUGACAUGCAAUUCUCCAGUAAAUGUAUUCUGAGUAUUUCAGAAAAUAGCAGCUCUGCUGAACAUCCUGGAGGAAACAGAGUUACAGAGAAUUGAAGAAGAGGAACCUGAAGGGCAGAAUGUUGUUUCUUAGAAAGACAUUCAGAGUGAAUGAAGGAAUAGAGGGGAGAUUCCCCCGUCAAUUGUUAAUGGGUCUGAAGGACCAGCUCUCUGUAUAAAAGACAGGUCAGAUCAGACCACCAGAGCAUCAACUAGACUUCUGACACAGAACCAGACCAGAACUUCAGAGACCGGAGCAUAAGAGACCAGAACAUCAGAGACCAGAAUAUCAGAGACCAGAACAUCAGAGACCAGAACAUCAGAGACCACAACAUCAGAGACCACAACAUCAGAGACCAGAACAUCAGAGACCAGAGCAUCAGCUAGACUUCUGACACAGAACCAGACCAGAGCAUCAGAGACCAGAACAUCAGAGACCAGAACAUCAGAGACCACAACAUCAGAGACCAGAACAUCAGAGACCAGAACAUCAGAGACCAGAACAUCAGAGAACAUCUCAGACAAUACAAUCUUCAGCAUCUCAACCAUCUCUGAACCAUGAAGACCCUGACUGCUCUACUCCUGCUGGGACUGCUCUGCUCCCUGCAUACGACAUCUGCAGGUGUCAUCGCGUUGGAAAUAGCACCUGAAUGCUGUAUGAAAUUCAGCGCGAGGAUCCCUCUUCAACAAGUAGUUUCUCUCAGAACAACCUCCAGUAGCUGCCCUCGCAAAGCACUGAUUUUCACCACAAAGAAAGGGAACACAUUUUGUGUUGACCCUUCUAAAGCCUGGGUCCAGAGUCAUGUGACCAAGAUUGAGAGCAGACGACAGUGAUGUCAUCAACUACCAUCACCCCCUAACACCCCAACCCCUUGUUGGUGCACUAUAAAGAGAAUAGGUUGCAUUAGUGCCGUAGACCUUGUCAUGCAUGUCUAUACCCU